CUUCGUUUCGCCUGCGCUCGCGCUCUGUGAGAAAGACUUUCUCCUUCCGCUUCCCUUCUGUCCCUCUUUGGCAUUCGAUCUAGAAGUUUCCAUGGCACCCCACAUCGUCUCCAUCAAGGCUAGGCAGAUCUUCGACAGCCGUGGCAAUCCUACGGUCGAGGCGGAUUGUUUACUCAGUGAUGGAACAUUUGCCAGAGCUGCAGUCCCAAGUGGGGCGUCCACAGGUAUCUACGAAGCCCUUGAACUUAGGGAUGGAGGUUCUGAUUAUCUCGGCAAAGGUGUCAUGAAGGCUGUUGACAAUGUCAACUCGAUUAUUGCACCUGCUCUCGUCGGAAAGGACCCUACAGAUCAGACAGGCAUUGACAACUUCAUGGUGCAGCAACUUGAUGGAACAGUAAAUGAAUGGGGCUGGUGCAAACAGAAACUUGGUGCAAAUGCCAUACUAGCCGUUUCCCUCGCAGUCUGCAAAGCUGGGGCUAGUGUGUUGAAGAUCCCCUUGUACAAGCACAUUGCCAACCUUGCUGGCAACAAAUCUCUUGUAUUGCCUGUCCCUGCCUUUAAUGUCAUCAAUGGUGGUUCGCACGCUGGUAACAAGCUUGCAAUGCAAGAAUUUAUGAUCCUUCCUGUUGGAGCGUCCUCUUUCAAAGAGGCCAUGAAGAUGGGUGUUGAAGUAUACCACAACUUGAAGUCCGUCAUAAAGAAGAAAUAUGGCCAAGAUGCAACUAAUGUCGGGGAUGAAGGUGGCUUUGCUCCUAACAUCCAGGAAAACAAAGAAGGCCUUGAAUUGCUCAAGACUGCCAUUGCCAAAGCUGGAUACACUGGGAAGGUUGUGAUUGGGAUGGAUGUCGCCGCAUCUGAAUUUUAUCGUGAGGAUAAGACCUACGAUCUGAACUUUAAAGCAGAGAACAAUGAUGGAUCUCAGAAGAUAUCUGGAGAAGCAUUGAAGGAACUGUACAAGUCAUUCGCUACUGAAUAUCCGAUCGUGUCAAUUGAGGAUCCAUUCGAUCAGGAUGACUGGGUACACUAUGCAAAAAUGACAUCUGAGAUUGGAGCCAAGGUUCAAAUCGUUGGGGAUGAUCUCCUUGUGACCAACCCUAAGAGAGUUGAGAAGGCUAUCAAUGAGAAAGCUUGCAAUGCUCUUCUCCUCAAGGUUAACCAAAUCGGAACGGUAACUGAGAGUAUUGAAGCUGUAAGGAUGUCCAAGAGAGCUGGCUGGGGAGUUAUGGCCAGCCACCGCAGCGGUGAGACGGAGGACACUUUCAUUGCUGAUCUCUCUGUUGGUUUGGCCACGGGUCAAAUCAAGACUGGAGCUCCUUGCAGGUCAGAGCGUCUGGCAAAAUAUAACCAGUUGCUCCGCAUUGAAGAGGAACUCGGAGCCGAAGCUGUUUACGCUGGGGCCAAGUUCCGCAUGCCUGUGGAGCCUUACUAAGCACAUCCCUAGCAACAAAUGCCGGUUGGUGGUUGUUGGGAUCGCGCCGGAGGAGUUAGUUCGAUCGAAAUUUUGCUUUGGAAAAUAAGAAAAAAAUCGUAGUGUAGGUUGUGCUUUUCAAUAACUUAGAAAGAGUGAGACUUGUUUCUUUUUUGGCGUGAUGGGACAGAGAAGCGGAUUGAGCGGUAUGGUUUUCGUUAUAUGAUAUAACAUAUAUCCAUAUGUUAUCUGGUUUAUCCAUAA